CGGGGCUGAGGAGGGAGGUUUGCCUGCGCCGGGAAGAGGAGCCCUGCAUAGCUGUGCGCAAGCGAUGGCAGGGACGGAGACAUGGCUGGGUGUGAUCCCCCCUGCGUGAGAGCCCCUGCUCAGGGGCAGGGCCAGCCCCCCGCUAGGUCCUGCCCCUCCGACACCUAGGAAGUGCUGCUGGUGUCAGGGACACAACCCUGGGCAGGAGCCGUGACCUCGGUCCUCCAGCCAGGUCCUGGUGGUAGCCCUGUGAGCAGGAGCCGUGCCAUGUGCCUGCUCAUGAGGCAGGGCGGGCAGAGAGCUGCGGUCGGGCAGGCUGCCUGGGGCCGCGCGAUGGCAGAAGGUACGAUGCCCCAGGGAGACCUCGCUCUCCAGGGCAGCCCUGCAGCAGAGCCAGGGCGAGAGCUGGAGAGAUACCAGCAACCGCCCUUCUCUGUGGGCAGGGAGCAGUCCCCUGGUCUCACCGAAGUCACCGUCUUAGCCACAAUGCCUGUUCUCUAUCUCGGCUGGUUCUCACAUGCCCGAGCUGGCCCACUGUCCCUGAGCCACGGUCUCCCCGGCUGCCCACGGAGCUGGUCCCCCCACGCCGGCAGCCCACCUAGCCCUGCCGCACCUCCGGUGGGUGCUGCAUGCAGGACACAUCCCCUGUACCCAGUCUGAUCAUCCAACUCACAGGACGGGUCCCCUGUGCCCAGUCCAGCCAUGUGCCCCACAGGACAGGUCCCCUGUCCCCAUUCCGGUCAUCCCACACACAGGACGGGUCCCCAGUACAGCCCUGCCCCAUGCACGACAGGUCCUGUGCCCACUUCAGCCAUGACCCGCACAGGUUGGGCGCCCCACACCUUGUCCAGCCCCACGCAGAGUCCAUGCCUCGUGUAGAGCGGAUGCCCCAAGUCCACCCGUCCCGCGCAGGAGCCCACCGUGGCCAGCCCAGCUCUGCCCAAUGCCCACAGGCAGCAGCCCCCCCUGUGCCUGCCCCACUCCCGCCCUCCCACUGCCAGCGCCCCACAAACGCGAGGCACCAGCCCCAGUGAGGCAGAGCUAUUUUUAACAGCUGCUUCUGCUUGAUUUGAGCUGUGAACUUGUAACGUGUUUAUGCUAAAGGGGUUUCUUUUUUUCCUUCUCUCUUUGUGCUGAAGAGGCAGCGCCGGAGAUCAAAGCUUGUCUCUUUGCGUUUUGUGAUGGUGGGGCUGGGAGGGAGCGGGCAGAGGCCAGCGGCCCCACGGGGGACGCUCCUGUCCUCGGGGGGCUGCAGCAGCGGGGACGGGGCUCACCCAUCUCUCUCUGUCCCCACAGGUCUGGGACCCCAGGAGCCAUGGGCAGGGACUGCCAGCGCCUGGCGCCCUGGGCAGCCCGCUGCGGGCAGCACUGAGCCAGGGCAGACGGUGACAGGACCAUGGGCUGCCAGCACCGCUGGGGAGGCAUGGCGGCGGGCAGGGCUGUCGGGGCAGCGUGCCGGGGGCUGUAGGGCCAGGCGGUGGGCAGCAUGCCCAGCGGCCCCUUGCCCACCUCCCACACAGCACCCCCUCUCCACGGUGGCACGGGAUGAGGCCGCCCGCUGCCCUGGGCAGCUCCGGGCACGGGUGCAGCCCAGGGCUCCGGCCGCCGGUGCUUGGUCCCCCGUGCCCUGCCGCAGCGGCCCCGGGGCCCUGAGCCAUGGUCAGCCGCGAGCCCCUUCCCGGCCCGGCUCCCGCCGGCGAGGGCGGCCAGGAGAAAGCCAUGACGGUGCGUUCGGUGCUGCUCAACCGCGACUCGCCUGACAUCGAGAGCCGCCUCAAGCGCCGGCGCAACCGCACGCAGCAGGUCCGCUUCAAGGACCUGGUGGAGGGCAGUGCGGAGCGGGCAGCCAGUCCCCCCCCGGGGCCCACGGCCGCCCACGGCCCCAACACCCCACGUGCCUCACCGCCCCCCAGGGACCCCCCUGAGCCGGCGGCUCUCUGUGCCUCCCGGCGGAGCUGGCCCCAGGCCCAGCCGGGCUCGCUGACGCUGCCCAUGCCCAGGAAGGCGUGCAUGAGCACCGCCAUCCAGACCUCCCCCAGCAUCCAGAAGCCCUUCCAGGCCUCCCAGCCACGCAGCAAGAGCGUCUGCAACAUUGCCGGGGAUGCGGUGCUGCCUGCCACCACGGGGAGUGCUUGGUGCCCAGCGGGGACCGUGCCCACCAGUGCCAGCCGUGCUCAGCCCCCACGGGCACCCGGCAGCCUCCCCGUGCACGAUCAUGCCGCAGCCCUCGCCCAGCACGCCGCCGUGUGCCGUGUGCCACCACCACCACCACCCAGGGAUCCCUGUCCCCCUUAUCCAGGCACAGCUGGGUGCCCCGCUGCCCGCUGCACCUCCCCAGCACAGAGCUGCAUCCCUGAGCCCUGCCUGCCGUCCCCUGCCUGCGCCCGGCUCCGUGGGAAUCCCGGGGGCAGCCGUGGGGCUGCCCCACGCCCAGCUUCCGUGCCCUGUGGUCAGCCCUGGCCACCCACCGAGCCGCGGGGGCUCGGCCGGAGCGACUCAGAGCGCAGCCUGCCCCAUGGGCGCCCACCGCCCCAGCCCUUGCCAUACCGCCAGCAGACUUUCCCUGCCACGGACACCCCCGGCCUCCGCCAGCCAGCUCAGGGCAACCCCCUGCGGGACCCCCCACCACCCCAGCACCAGCUCUGCGGCACACCAUGGGGGGGGCCCUGCUGCACCUCGCCAGCCCCCAUCCCACCAGCGCCAGGCUGGCACGGCUCUGCUGCCGCCGUGCCGGAGAAGACACCAGCUGCGCUCAGCCAUCCAGACCCCCAUGGUAUCUGCAGCCGGCUACGUGCCGCUGAGCCUGGGCACGGCCGGGCAGGACCAGAGGGGCCCGGGGACCCGCUGCCCCUGGCCCCACACGGCCCCGGUGUGGGGACACAACCAGCCAUGUGGGCACCGGAGGUCCCCCGGCAUGGGCAGCCCUGCCUCACCACCGAGCAGUCGGAGACACUGCGCCACGUCCAGGACCUUCUGCAGCUGGUGGUGGCAGCCAAGGGGCCGCUGGGACCACCAGCGGAAGACGAGAACACCCGGACAUCUCAGGGAGAGGGCCCCCGGGGGCCUGGGGAGCAGGGGGACCUGCAGUCCCAGCUUCAGUCUCUGGAAGGGGUGCUGGAGACCAGCCAACAAACCAUCCGGGUGCUGCUGGACGUCAUCCAGGACCUGGAGAAGAAGGAGGCCCAGCGGGAUGGGCGACACUCGUACCGGACAGGGCAAGACAUCGCCAACUGUGGGACCUGCCGGGACUGUGCCUGCAUCAUCUACAGUGUGGAGCAUGAUUUCCGGCAGCAGGAGGGCCGCUUCCAGCGGGUGCUGAGCCAUAUCGAGGGCGACACGACGCCGAGCUCCCCUGUGGCGGUGGCGGGGGCCGUCCUGACACCCAGGCAAGAGCCGUCGCCGGUGACGAAGCUACCUGCCAAGCUGGACGCGAAGAAAUCCAGGCGCAAAUGCUUCUGGUUCCUGUGAGCCCGCCAGGAGCACGGGGGCACUGUCCCAGCACUGACCCCCUGCCCAUGUCUCCUUCCUCCUCUCCCUCCCUCUGACGGUAGGGUUUGGGUAGCACCAGCUUUUAUAUUUUUAACCGUUCAGUUUAAUGUAUCGAAGCCCCUGUGUAAAUAAGGCGAGGGGAACAAUGGCUGUAUUUAAUGAGGAUUCAAUAAAUUCUACGGAGACGC